CCAAGCUGUUGGUGGCCCGCUGUUGGUACCAUUCUGUGUAAGAAAGUCCAAAGUAAAGACAAUGGCGACGUCAGGAGAAGACACUGACCGCUGCACACCUCAGGGCGUGAGUUACAGCACCUUGCCUCAUAUGGUGAACGCAGAUGGACGGUACCUGCACUGUAAGACAUGGGAACCGCCGGGGAGCAAACCGAGAGCUCUACUGAUGAUAGCCCAUGGUUUGGAUGAACACAUCGGCUGGUAUGAUGACUUUGCUCAAUUCCUGACAGGCCACAACAUCCUGGUUUUCUCCCAUGACCACAUUGGCCAUGGUCAGAGUGAAGGAGAGAGGGCAGAUGUGAAGGACUUCAAUAUUUUGGUUCGAGACACCCUGCAACAUGUAGAUAUGAUAGUGGAGAAGUAUCCAGACACUCCUGUUUACAUCUUAGGGUAUUCCAUGGGAGGCCCUGUGUCCAUAUUAGCGGCAUGUGAGCGCCCACAACAGUUUGCAGGGGUCCUGCUGAUUGGACCUGCCAUCAAGCCUUUUCCUGGGGAGGCUCCGGGAUGGAAGGUGUUUUUGUUAAAACUAGUUGUUCCUGUGGUGCCCUGGCUGGCACUCACCUCUGGUGACAGGUCAGAUCUGGUGGGUAAGGAUGAGGAAACGAAUCGGAAGAUACAAGAGGAUCCUCUCUGUUUCCAUGGUGGUCUCAAGCUGCGAACUGCUGCGCAGAUUCUUACAGGUAUGCAGAAGGUUCAGUCUCAGGUGGAUGACAUUGAGUGGCCAUUUCUUGUGAUGCACGGUGAAGACGACCAGGUCGUGAAUAGUGAGGGGUCCAAGAUACUGUACGAGAAGGCAAGAAGCUUGGACAAGACGAUGAAGACCUAUCCAAACUGUCGCCAUGGUCUUCUGAAGGAGACAAAAGAAGAUGCAGACAAAGUGAAGCAAGACAUCUUGGAAUGGCUGCUGGCCAGGACCGAACCAAUGUAGUACAUGUAGGAUGCCACAAGUCCAUGCAAUAUCAAUUGAGCAUCCCCCAUUUGAAGGUCAACAAAACUUUGUCUUAGACAACUUGAACAUAUCACACGGCCUACAACUGAAGAGACCUGCUUCUGAAUCUAGAUUUUGUAUUUGAGAAUUUAGUAUCAAGAAGACACUCAGGAAGCAGCAUUUUGAACAUUCAAAAGUAGCAUAGCAGUCCUUCUUUAAAUCGUAAGGGUUGACCAAGGACUGAUCUUUCUGGUGCUUGGAAUAAUGACUUGAAGUAAUUGAUGGAUUUAUUGAUAUAUACUAAAUACAUUUGUAUUUUUUGUUUUUCGUUAGCCAUUUUUAUUUUUCUUGAAUGUAUUACAGAACGCGUCAGUUACCUUCUUUCUUUAUUUAGAACACUGUUUAGAACACCUCAGUAGUUACCUGUCUUGUUUACUUUAGAACACAUUAGCCGUUACCUGUUUUGUUUAUUUAGAACAUAGAGUAUUCUUUGUUCUGCAGAUUUGUAAACUUUUUUUUUCACUGAUGAAGAACGGCGACGCCGUUCAAAACGUUUAAUUAAAAUUUAAUAUAUAUCCAUAAGUAUGGACUGAUUCAUCUUCAAUUUAGCAUAGCAGUCUUACCAUGCAAUAGGUGGGCUUAUGAAUGAAAAAGGCAAGAGAGGUUUUCUAGUCUUCAUCUUUUUUAUUUAUUACGUCUCAAAACAAGCUUGGUGACAUCUGGUAAAACACAAAGUGAUAGGGACAUCUUCUACAUUUACAGAUUUGAGAUAUGCUAUGUACAUGCUUCUGUAUACUGAUGAAGUAGACCACACCUACUGUUACUGUGCUGUUUGCAUGCUUUUUGUCUUAACAGUCAAAAUCUGUCCACAAGUCAUGUGGUCCUCAAAAUUAAAGGUACACAAAGAUACAGGACUAAUAUAA